AGAAAGUCUCAGAAAGUGGGUUUGCAGCAGGGGGCAGAGGAGCCUAGAGCCGCGGCGGCUGCAGGAAGUCUGGGCCCCAGCGGAGCAGUCGGAAGACACAACACACACGCGUGCACACACACACACACACACACACUCUUACACUGACACACACACUCACACCCACAAGCACACCCAGGGAGGGAGAGAGAGAGUGAAAGAGGAAACUGCAGAAGAGGAAGCUGCGCUGCAGUUGAAAGUCUGUGUGUGUGUGUGUGUGUGUCCGUGUCUCUGCGUGUGUCUGUGUGUGUCUGCCGCCCUCCUGUCCGUGUCCGUCCCGGGCUCAGCAUCUCCGGGCUCGGCCUCGGCGCCCAGCCCCCUCCCCAGUCCGUCUGGGCAGCCCACCCCUCGGAUCUGCCCUGCCCGGCCCUGCCCGGUCCUGCCCGGCCCAGACCCUCGGCUGCCAUGGCCCGGGAGAACGGCGAGAGCAGCUCCUCCUGGAAAAAGCAAGCCGAGGACAUCAAGAAGAUCUUCGAGUUCAAGGAGACCCUGGGGACGGGUGCAUUUUCUGAAGUGGUUUUAGCAGAAGAAAAGGCAACUGGAAAACUCUUUGCAGUUAAGUGUAUCCCCAAGAAGGCACUCAAGGGCAAGGAGAGCAGCAUUGAGAAUGAAAUUGCAGUUCUGAGAAAAAUCAAACAUGAAAAUAUCGUUGCUCUGGAAGAUAUCUAUGAAAGUCCCAACCACUUAUAUCUGGUUAUGCAGCUCGUCUCUGGGGGCGAACUCUUCGAUCGCAUAGUGGAGAAAGGAUUUUAUACAGAAAAAGAUGCCAGUACACUUAUCCGGCAGGUCUUGGAUGCUGUAUAUUAUCUCCACAGGAUGGGAAUUGUGCAUAGGGAUCUCAAGCCCGAAAACCUGCUGUACUACAGUCAGGAUGAGGAGUCUAAAAUUAUGAUCAGUGACUUUGGAUUGUCAAAAAUGGAGGGAAAAGGAGAUGUCAUGUCUACAGCUUGUGGCACACCAGGAUAUGUUGCUCCUGAAGUUCUAGCCCAGAAACCCUACAGCAAAGCAGUGGAUUGCUGGUCCAUUGGUGUGAUUGCCUAUAUUCUGCUCUGUGGUUACCCACCCUUCUAUGAUGAAAAUGACUCCAAACUUUUUGAACAGAUCCUCAAAGCAGAAUAUGAGUUUGACUCCCCAUAUUGGGAUGACAUAUCAGAUUCUGCUAAAGAUUUCAUUCGGAAUUUGAUGGAGAAAGACCCCAACAAAAGAUACACAUGUGAACAGGCUGCCCGGCACCCCUGGAUCGCGGGCGAUACGGCCCUCAACAAGAAUAUCCAUGAGUCCGUCAGCGCUCAGAUUCGGAAGAACUUUGCAAAAAGCAAAUGGAGGCAAGCGUUCAAUGCCACGGCCGUCGUGAGGCACAUGAGGAAACUGCAUCUUGGGAGCAGCCUGGACAGUUCCAAUGCGAGCAUGGCAGGAGGUCUCAGCCUGGGUGGCCAACUCCCAGAUGGGACAGUCCGAAAAGAUUGUCUGGCCUCGUCCACCCUCUGCAGCUUUAUCUCUUCCUCCUCGGGCGUCACCACGGUGGCAGCCGAACGGAGACCACGGCCCACCACCGUCACUACAGUGCACACUGGCAGCAAGUGACUGGCCCUGGGGGCAGCGGGGUGGCAGAGGAAGCUGUCCCCCUGGCAGCUGGGGCCGAGGCCUCCCUCCAGCGAGAUUUCACCGGGCGCGGGGCUCCGUCCCCCGCGGGACUGGAAGAAAGAAGUUUUUUAUGGCCAUAUUUUAUACUACUAUUCUGAAGUGUUUCAUUUCUCACAAACUGCAAUGACUCCAAGUUAACACCCACGGGGAACCGAUUUAACAGGAUCUGGUGCUGUAUAUACGAGUCUAGCAGUCUACGAUGUUCUAGCUGAAAGGACACAUUAUUCCUCUCCUCCCCACCCCUAGCCAAUUACUCUUAUCAGUGUAGGUAACGAUAUAUGUUGUAUUUUUUCAUUAACUAAAAAAAAAAAGGUUUCAACUGGAUUAUUUAAAUAUCAGUAACUUUUGUGCGUUAAAGCUUUUUCCUUUUAAGUAGUUUCUUUUGGAUCCAUACCCUUUGGUCCAGGUGGCUAAGAUUCCUUGCUUCUGUAAGUAGAGAUUUAUGUUAACCUUGAAAUGCAUUUUUUUUUUGGUGGGGGGGGGAUGUAUAGGGUUGGGGAGGUGAAGGAUUUAAAAGGCUUUUUUAACUAUUACAAUCCAAGUGAGACUCUGAUAUUGUAACUUGCUUUCUUGCUCCUUCCCCACUGCUGCCCACCUCCACCCCAGUUCUUCAUUAGUCAGAAGCCACCGACUCACACAAGCACCUCAGCAACUGCAAAGGUGUUUAACCCAUCGGCCCCUCUUCUCCAGCACAUCCUUGUCCCUGGUAAUCCCAGAAGCCGCCCCAGAAACUCGGUCAUGAGAAAGAGGGUGCGCUUCGGCCAACCCCUCAAACCCUGGUUUCCUAUGGGAAGGAAGCACCUCCUCGAAAGCUGACCAGAGUAGCUGGUGUUUCCUUUGCAACUUUUCAGGAUAAACUUGCAAAGGAAGGGAUAACUGCAUAGUCUUUUUUAAAACCUUCCUUUCUAAGUGAAAGGACUAUUUCUUACCGACAUUGCUCAAGCACAUGUAGUUCUCAGGCAACUAGCCACAGCUUUGUCGUUCUCAUUCGAAAACCAUCUGUUUUCCCCCCAGCUUCACUAAGUCAAUAGAAAGUUGUCUCUGUAGAUGUCGACCCCCAUUUUCCUCUGCCUGAGGGGAAAUUGUUCAGGGAGUGAUUCCUUUUAAUUAGGCCCUCUGAAGGCGGAAACAAUCUGAACAAACCAUUCCCUCCCAUCUCAGUCUCCACCACGCAUAGGGAGCUAAAUACCAGCCCCUGAUGGUGGAAUUAGAUAAGCCACAGUGGACACUGCAGUGGUGAGGCUGAUAGGGGAACCCAACUGCCGUCAUCUUUCAGUGAGACUUCAAAGAGGCUGCUUUGCAGGGCAAGGGGCAGAUAUUCCAGAAGACAAGGAUGCUCCAUUCUGACUCAAGGCCCCUUUCAAAGAAAGCUACCCUAGCAUUUCCCGGGUCUCCAGGUGGGCCUAGCAUCUGAUCAGUCAGUUCAAACCCCAGGUUCCCAUCAUGGUGUGCUACUGAGGCUGAGGUCCUCUCCUCCAUUAAUAAAAGCAGGCUGUAAGAAUUGAGCAGUUCAGAUAGGUCCAUGGCUAGGAAAUAGGAAGUGAGAUUCAAGCUCCUUGAGCCUGAAGAAAACCAUGAUUAACAGUUCUUCAGAAAAUAGGUCCCAGCUCCAGGUAGUAAAAUGCACAUUCAAUGGAAUCGGUGUCCUGGGGUGGUGGGGACAUCCAUCUUCAGAAGUACAACAGUAAGGUAUUAUAGACUAGUGUUCAAAGUAAUGUGCAUUUCUCUGGAACUAUUCGAACCCCUGCCCUUUAUUACCAACUGAGGUAAACAGUUUUGUGGGAGUGGAUGACUAUAAUUCUGCACCUUUAUGUGUACUAUAUAAAAGAGCACUUUGAGGCCUUGUGAGCUAUGCACAGUCAUUGGCACUUGAAAAAUCUGAAGCUCAAUUUUGUGUUUCAUGUGCUUCAAGGAUUUUUACUGCAAAUUUUCGGGGUGCAUGUUAUGUGAUGAAUGCAUGUCAUCAAACUGCCUUUAUGAGCUGGCCAGAAGGAAAGCCCAUUAUGCAGGUGAACCCUUGGAUUUGGGCUGGUUUUCUCUGCCAUUGCCGUAAACCUGUAACGCAACUAUGUCUCAUGUUAACACUAUUUCUUAAAGUGCUUAGUGGUUUCAGUUUUGUGUACCUCUGUUUCAUGCUACGUCGUUAAUACCUACUUUGACUUAGGCUCACCCUACCCGAUUCCUUUAUAAAAAUUUGACUCAAGUCCCUACAAUUCAAGUCCUUAAAAUAAUGGUGCGAGCUGCCCUUUGGCUCUUCCAUCAGGCUGAGGUCCUGUCCAUGCACCCCCAAGUCUCUGGUGGUAACUACGAGGGCCAGGGGGAGGAAGGGGAAGAGAGGGGCUUCCUGGGUCCCUUUAGGAAAAAUAGUGUCCAUUAUACCAGAGUCCCCUGAUCCCAUGACACCAGAGUGUGUUUGCUGGGUUCCAUGGAAGAUAAGGCAAGGACUUUAAGCCAUGAGCAAACAACAGUACUUCCCUGGGGUGGGGGAAGGGAGUUCUUGAAAUUCCCCCUGCACAGGUCAGAAGUGGCAACUUACAGGGACAGGGAUCGGGAAGAGAACAGAGUGGCUCUGGAAGAAGUGGGAGGGGCAGGAAAAAACCCUGAGGCUCAAAUGGGCUUCUGAAUGACAUCAAUACACUAUGCUGGGCCCACAAAUAAUGUAACAUUAUGAUAUCAUGGGGUAGGAGGAGGACCACCACAUUUUCCUCUGCCUCUGGGUGGCCAAGCCCUUGAACUUGGAAGACUAGUUUCCAUGGCAGCAUUGGCCUUGGAGACAGCUAAGCCUGGGAGAAAGGAAAUGAAGAAAGAAGAAAGCGACCACAGACCUCGACUGCCAGCCCAGAAAGCCAGACAGUCCUCCUCUCCCCUGGUAAACAUGCGCGCGCGCGCGCGCACACACACACUCUCUGCCCCGCCCCCCACCCCCACCCCUUUGCACCAGGUCCCCAAGACUUCACCCACCCAGACCCAUUUGGCCUUGUCAGAAAGAGUUCCCUAAGCAGGAAGGCAGAGCCCUGAGCUUCUUCGUACCCUAAGGAGCAGCUAAAUGGAUAGACUAAAGAGGAAGUGGCGGGGCCCAUUCCUAUCCCCCCUGAUUCCCUCUGGGUAGCUCUUCCUGCCAAACUUUGGGGCUCCCUGCUUCGACUGCAUUGAGAAAAGCCUCCCUGCGGACAGCUGCCCAUCUGGCUUUGGACAUCAAGCCACCCAUAGCAUCGUGACAGCUCGAGCUUCCUUCUCCACCCAGCCGACCUGCCCUCAGCCAGACCCUCUGCCCUCCCUCCUGCCGUGUUGCAUGGCCUGAGAUGAUUGACGUGUUGCCUCAAAGGAAUUUCUAGCAUGGUAUGGCCUGACCCUUUACUUGAAGUAUUUACUCCAAGUGGUUUUAUUUUCUUCAGGGAUGGGGUGGGAAGUGGGAUGCUCCAGUAAGAGUCCCUCUCAAUGCCUGAAAACUCCACAUCCAAAUGCCCAAUUUCUUUCUGCUAAGGAUAGCUGGGGAGCAGGAUUCAAGAGCAGGGGAUAGACCAGUGGGCAGGAACUGUAAUACAGGUUCCAGAAUGAGGACAGCAUGGUCUGAGUCUGCACCUCUGCCCCUUCAGGCUCUGAAGCCAGACAGCAUUAGUACUUCCAAAUCACUCUGCGAGUAAGUCCUUAGCGCAAGCUGCACCUAAAGGGUUAUAUCUGCUCAACACUGACUCAGAAGCAUCUCUACCCCAUCUCAGUGGUGAGACUUGCUGUUGGAGAACACCAGCACCUUUCUCUCCCCGUUUGAAUUGGUCCACUUUAAAAAGGGUCAUCUUAUCCUGAAUCAGAUUUGGAAUCAUUUCCAAAUCAGCAUUCAGUUGCUAAACAUGAUUUACCUUCACCCACCUCUACACAAAAUGCAAGCAUGUUUUCUAAAAGCUUUCAUGUUUUAAUCCAGAAAUGUCAUUGUGUCUCAAUACCAGGCUUGUGAUUGGUUCAGUUUUUUCCAUAACACCAUGCUUGUCCAAAAGAGGGGAAAUCGUGUAUUUACUGCGUGCAUGUGAGAAAUAUUGCAAAAAGUUUAACCUGCAUAGGUUUGCGAUUCUGCGAAAUUGUUAAUGGGGUUAUGUAGCAAAUGAUUAUCUGCCUUGACAAUCAUGUAUACAUAUCAAGAUUUCUAUCAUAAUGAUAAAGAGAUGGAUGACUACUUGUUUUCCUCCAAUAAAGAUAAAUUAAAUCCCC